AUGUACAUUUCAACACUUCUUACUGCCCUUCUGGCCAGCACAGCCAGUGCAUGGAUGCCAGGUGGUGAAAAUGACCUUCGUUCACAAGAAGGUGUCUCUCUCUUCAACCCAGAAGCAAAGCAUCCCACCGCACGCCGUUGGACGCCAGCAUCCGGCAAGAUUCGAGGAGUAAACCUUGGAUCUCUCUUCGUCUUUGAGCCAUGGAUUGCCGAUUCUGCAUGGUCCGACAUGGGUUGUGGAGCAUACAAAUCCGAAUUCGAUUGCGUAUCCGGUUUGGGACAAGCUAAAGCUAAUACCGCCUUCCAAAACCAUUGGAAGACUUGGAUCAACGCUAACGAUAUUGCACAAAUGGCAAGUUUCGGUCUCAACACCAUUAGAAUCCCAGUCGGAUAUUGGAUGAUGGAAAGUCUGGUGUACGCCGAUAGCGAGCACUUUCCUCAAGGAGGUUUCACCUACCUCGAGAGUAUCUGCGACGCAGCCGCUAACGCUGGAUUCUACAUCAUAAUCGAUAUGCAUGGAGCGCCAGGAGCACAGGUCGCAAAUAACCCUUAUUCCGGACAAUCUGCUUCGACUCCCGGUUUCUACGUCGAUUACCAAUAUACUCGUGGUGCCCAAUUUCUCUCUUGGCUCACGACCAAUAUCCAUCAAAACACCGCCUUUAGAAAUGUAGGCAUGAUUGGGCUUGUUAAUGAACCGGUGCAAGAUGUCGCGCAGGCUGCGAGUAUGAUUUCUUCUUUCUAUCCUGCGGCAUAUAAAGCGAUUCGAGCUGCCGAGGCUGCCGCAGGUGUUAGUGCGAAUAACUACUUGCAUAUUCAGGCUAUGGAUCAGGCAUGGGGAUCUGGUGAUCCAAAUGCUGGAUUGGCGGAUGGUGUUUCUUUAGCUUACGACGAACACCGCUACCUUAAAUGGUCCUCGAUCGCCGUCUCCCAAUCCGCAUACCUCCAAUCUUCCUGCACAUACAAUCCCAUAUCUAGCACCGGCGGCCCCACAAUCGUAGGCGAAUUCUCUCUUUCGCCUCCAGAUAACGUGCAGGAUACGGCGGGCUGGACAACAUCCACUCAAAGCGCCUUCUAUAAAAAAUGGUUCGAGGCACAGAUUAUGGGCUAUGAAAAUCAUGCGCUGGGUUGGGUUUUCUGGACCUGGAAGACCCAGUUGAAUGAUUAUCGUUGGAGUUAUUUGGAUGCGGUGCAGGCGGGCGUUAUUCCGAAGGAUUUGAAUAGUGUGGCGGGGAGUGGGGCUUGUGAUGGUUAUUAG